UGUUACAUAAUCUAUAUCACGUGAAAUUCACAUGAUCUCAUUUAAGCCCUCGGGUUUAUGUGUUUGUGUGUGAAUUUUUCAGCUUUUUUUGAGAACACGAAAGCCUCAUGAAACUUGAGUUGGUCGUCUGCUAUUUCGUCAACAAUUGCUGCAAAUUAAAGGGGCCAAAAUCACCACAAUUACCGUUCAGUUAGCACACAAUUAUGUCACUGAUCCAAUCUUUUGCUGCUGCAAUUGACCAACCUUCAAUCAAUUGGAAAAACAUCAUCUUGGGGUUUACAACCUUUCAGUUUCUAUUUGAAACAUAUCUAACAUAUCGUCAAUAUAAAGUUUUACAAAAAGAUGAAUUACCUCCAACUUUGAAGAAUGAAAUUGACAAUGAAACUUUCAAAAAGUCUCAAGAUUAUUCAAGAGCCAAGGCUAAAUUUUCAAUUUUCAAUCAAGUUUUCUCAUAUAUUCAAAAUGUUUCAUUUAUUGCUUUAGAUUUAUUACCAAAAUUAUGGUCAUUCGGUAAAACACUUUUGACAAAAUCAUCCGGGUUCUUACCAGCUUUUACUCAAUCAUCAAUCAUUGUUCACUCAUUAUCCUUUUUGUUUCUUUUACAAAUUAUCUCUACUGUUAUUUCAUUACCAAUCUCUUAUUAUCAAACAUUUGUCUUGGAGGAAAAAUACGGAUUUAAUAAAUCAACAAUAAGCUUAUGGAUUGGUGAUACUAUUAAAUCAAUUGUCUUGACCGUGUUAUUAGGAUUCCCAAUCUUGGCUGGUUUCUUGAAAAUUAUUGAUUAUUUUGGUGAUAACUUUAUUUUCUACGUCUGGGUCUUUUUAAUGUCUGUUCAAGUCAUUGCCAUUGCAAUUUAUCCAACUGUCAUUCAACCUUUAUUCAAUAAAUUAACUCCAUUAGAAGAAGGUGAAUUGAAAACUUCAAUUGAAAACUUGGCCUCUAAAAACAAAUUCCCAUUGAGUAAAUUGUAUGUCAUUGAUGGUUCAAAAAGAUCAAGUCAUUCAAAUGCUUACUUCUAUGGUUUACCAUGGUCAAAACAAAUUGUCAUUUAUGAUACUUUAAUCAACACAUCUACAACAAGUGAGACUACUGCUGUUUUAGCUCAUGAAAUUGGUCACUGGGCUUUAUCUCAUACUUCAAAAACUUUAGUUAUUGCUCAAGCUCAUAUCUUGUUCAUUUUUACUCUGUUCACAGGUUUCAUUCACAACACUUCAUUGUUUGAAAGUUUUGGGUUCUUUGGCCAACAACCUGUCAUUAUUGGAUUCCUAUUAUUUAAUGAUAUCUUGCAGCCAUUAGAUAACAUUUUAACAUUCUUCAUGAACUUGUUAUCAAGAAAGCAUGAAUAUGAAGCUGAUGAAUAUGCCGUCAAAUUAGGUUAUUCAAAAGAAUUGUCAAAAUCUUUAGUUAACUUGAACAUCAAGAAUUUAAGCUCUCCAGAUGCUGAUUGGUUAUAUUCAAGUUAUCAUUACUCUCAUCCAAUUUUGGCUGAAAGAUUAGAUGCGAUCAACAAAAAAGCUGCAAUCUAUGAAGUCAAAGAGAAAUGAGGAGUUUUAAUAGACGGCAUAUACAAUUUAUACUUAUAUACAACAACACCCAAAAAUAUAAAC